AGUAAUUCUGAUACACAGCGAUCUGCAUGUUCAAGUUAAGGUUUGAAUAACAUGCUGUCGAAUAGGCUUCGUAGCUUGUUGUCACAACACAAGAUAUUUCAAGAUGAUGAAACCACAGCAGAGUUGCCCACAGAACCAUCACAUGAUGAUAGAGUGAAGCAACUUGUAUAUAUUGAUGGCAGCAACCUGUUUGUAUGGAAGGAAGCAAGGAGUUGUAUAUUGACAACUAAUCUGAGAUCUUCACUGGAUGGGAAAGAUGGAAUAAUACAGGUAUUUUACUGUCAAAACGCACCAUUGUUCGAAGUGAACAAAAUAUCAUUCAACCACACAAACACGCACGUGGCACUUGUUGGUUCGCGCGGUGCAACUGUGCUUACAUUACCUCGUAGGUGGGGUAAGGAAGCUUUGUAUGAAGGUGGGAAACCAAGUAUUACUUGCAGAUCGUUUGCAGUAGCCGAGCGUUUCUUCAUGAGCAACAUCUCGGUCCAGCUCCUUCAAGCUUCCUGGUAUCCCUCCACAUCCUCCCAACAUCCCCAUCUUUGCAUCCUAACUUCCGAUAAUAUCCUCCGUAUAUAUAAUGCAACCACUGACCCACAAACCCCCGUUCAAACCCAUAAGUUGAACCAAACAACUGACCUUAACAACACCCCAAUGUCAGCGUCAAGGAUGUCGCUGCAAUCCAUGUUCUCAAUCACCAGCAGACUUGGUGAAACAAUCGUGUCGUUUGACUUUGCUUCAGUGAUGUUACACACCCCCCCGCAUAGAACUCAUCUUCGUAAGAAACCUGAACCUGUGUCCCUACAACCGAUAUAUUUACUGCAGGGCAACGGAGAUGUGCUUCUUCUGCUCACUUCACUCACAGAUAACAAAUUCAGCCACGGAAUGCUCCAAGGUCCCUUGAUCAUGCUCCCACCAGCAGAGGACAACUAUGGUGUAGAUUCGUGUUCUAUCCUCGUGAUGGAGUCGUCACCCACCACGAUCGUCAUAGCAACCACUGCCGGUAAGCUUCACCACUGUGUGGCGCUAUGGGGCACCGACACAAACGAUGAACUUUCACCAGAUUCAGAUGCAGAAUCAAUAUCCUCGUACCGAAGCACACGUAGCAACACCGAUCUGAACCCACCAACUCUUUAUGUUUACGAAUCGGUUGAACUCGAGUUGGAUCUUUUAGAUGAAGACGUUCCUGAGAAUCAUCACAUUAUUUUACAUAAAGACACAAUAUUAAUGACCCGCUAUCACUGCUCCACCUCCGUUGGCGUGCACUCUAUCGCCCUCCCAUGGUUGAAGAAGAUGGAUGGGUUCAUACGAGCCGAUGAAGACGACAUGAACAACCUUGCUGGUCUCUCACAUGAUGAUCCAUGUAUAGUUGAACACGUCCUCUGCACCAAACCCACCCCAUCCACCUCACCCUGCCCCAUAGUUGGCAUCACCAUCGCUACCGACCCUGUGUUUGGACCAACCCUGUUAUGUUUGAUGGCUGACAACCAUUGCACAACUGUGCCCCUGCUCAACACAUUCGUACCUUCACCCCCACCCCUGAUGUCUGAAGGUGGUGACACCACUGUAACACCAACCCCUGUGAAGCGAAGUGAGUUGAGUUUCAUUGACCAUAUCAAAGCAAUGUUGAAACGUGAUGUAUCGCAACCUAUCAUCAGAUCAGGAAGUCACCAUCAACCCAUGAGUGAGCGUGAGUGCCUCCAAGUGGUGACACGAGCUACACAAGUAUUACGUGACGAAUAUAUGUUGAAACAAAAGUUGGCACGAAACGCGAUCAACAAACGUGUCAAACUAUUGGUGGAUCUUAAAGAACAUCAGAUUGAUGAACUUCAACAAUUAGAGGAGCAGAAAGAAAUGCUGACGGACAACGCUGAGAUGCUGGCAAACAAAUACGAGGAUUGUAAAGAAAGACAAGAGGAGUUGGUUGGGAGGUUGGAGGAUGUUGUGAGGAGGAUCAAGGAUCGGGAUCCCGUGUUGUCCAAGGCUGAACAUGAAAUGAGCAAAGAACUCAAAUUGAUGAAGGACAAGUUAUGGCAGGUUGACAAUCGUAUCAAACAACUGAAGAUUAAACAAGAAUACCAGGAAGAUAAAUUAUCCUCCAGUGGUAAACGAAGAUCAGGUUCCUCUACAUCAGUUCAGAAGGAGAAACUUAAACAAAUAUUGUUGGAGGAUGGAGAAAAAAUCCAUGAAUUGAUAAAGAAGCUUAACAACAUGAAUUCACUUGCUGGUUUAUGAGGAACUUUUAGUUGUUGGGAGCUACACGUUGAUUUGGGAAACCCAACACUACCAGUGUAUUGACUUUUAAAUCAAUGAAUAAACUU